ACCACUCGCGCCCGGGAGGGAGGCGGCCAGGCGGUGCAGCGCGCCCUUCCGCCUUUAGGGACCCGGCCAAGGACAGGAAAAUGGCGGCCUUGGGGUCCCCGGCGCGCACUCUGCGUGGCCUUCUGCGGGAGCUGCGCCACCUGAGCGCGGCUACCGGGAGAGCCUACCGCGAUACCGCGGCCUACGGGUAUCUGGUGAAGGCUUUCAGUGCACACCGGGUCACCAGUGAGAAGCUGUGCAGAGCCCAACAAGAGCUUCAUUUCCAAGCUGCCACCUAUCUUUGCCUUUUGCGUAGCAUCCGGCACCAUGUGGCCCUGCAUCAGGAAUUUCAUGGCAAGGGUGAGCGCUCAGUGGAGGAAUCUGCUGGUUUGGUGGGCCUCCAGUUGCCCCGUCAGCCUGGAGGAAAGGGCUGGGAGCCGUGACCAUGGAGAGAAUCUUCAGAUGUUAUCUUCAUUCAAGAAUUUAACCAUUUCUACCAAUAUGUAUUUAUCAUUAAACCUUUUUUAAGAUGUAAA